CUUCAAGCAUGGAUCACAGUGAAAACGUGAAUCGGGAGAUUAAUCCCCGAGAAAAUGCAAAUAUAUUAUCAGUUUUAAGUUUUGUGUAUUCCGGAAAAAUAUUUGCCAAGGGGUUUAAAAAAGAUCUUGAAGAUGAUGAUCUGUAUCAAGUUAUUGAAAAGUGUCGAUCACAAACAUGUACAGAUCAGCUGGAAGAUAGAUAUUUUAGUCGAGAUAGUACGCAACCGGGUACAAAAGCUUCUAUUUUCAAAGUGAUAUUGAAAUUGUAUGGAUUCAGGUAUUUUGGAUUAGGAUUAAUUCAUAUGACAUGGAGGUUACUAAUAAGUACCUUGGAACCUGUGGCAAUAUCAAAUUUGGUAGCAUACUAUAAACCUGGUCAAACUGAAAUGACAAUUUACGAUGCUAUAUAUUACGCUGGGCUUAUGCUUGGACUCAAAGCCUUCCAGUUUUUUUACUUUCAAAAUUAUUUUAUAUAUUUGACUGAACUGGCGAUUCAAAUAAGAAUUUCAUUUUGCUCAUUGAUUUAUAGAAAGGCGUUGAGGCUAAGUCCGAAAGCUUUAGAAAAUACAAGCUUAGGAAAUAUUAUUACUAUUAUUACUAAAGAUAUUCAGCAAUUUGAACAGUCAAUAUGGAUUUUUAAUGAUGUAUGGAUUUCAAUAGUUCAGACUAUUAUAAUAUGCAUUUUAGUAUAUUUACGAACUGGAAUAGUAUCCUUCGUAGGAAUUUCUAUGCUAUUAACUGUGAUGCCAAUCCAAGCAUUUAUAUCUAAAAUCAUAAAGGGACUAAGGUUGAAAAUCGGUAAACUAACAGAUGAAAGAUUGCAAAGAAUGCAAGAAACUUUGUCUACUAUUAAAACAAUUAAAAUGUAUACGUGGGAACAGAUAUUCGCAAAGAAAAUAGAAGAGGCUAGGGUGAGAGAACUAAAGACCUUAUUAAAGGCCGCAUACUCAAAAUUGUCUUUAGCAAUAUCCAGCAAUCUUGUAGCAAGAUUUUCUUUAUAUGCAGUAAUAAUGAUGUACAUUUGGAUGUACCACGACAUGGAAGCGGAUGAUAUUUAUUAUAUAAUCAAAAUAUUUGGAGCUUUACGUGUUGCGAUGGAAACGGAUUUUGCAAUGGGUUUUACGAAGUUGGGAGAACUCUCAGCAUCGCUAAACAGAAUUGAUAACAUUCUUAAGCUUGAAGAAAUACCUGAAAUUAACGACGUUCCCGACGACAAACCUCAAGUUCAUCUAAAGUCGGUUUCAUUAAACCUUCAUAAUAGAAGUAUCUUGAAAAAUAUAAGUUUUACUUUAGAGAUAGGCUUAAAUGUUCUAACGGGACAACUAGGAUGUGGCAAGAGUUGUCUGCUAAAAACAGUUUUAAGGGAUUACAUUCCUGAUGAAGGAACUAUUGAGAGUACAGGAAGAAUGAGUUAUGCGUCACAAGAUCCGUGGCUAUUUCCAUCUUCAAUUAAACAAAAUAUUCUGUUUGGAGAAGCUUAUGAUUUGAAAAGAUAUCGACAGGUAAUAGCUGCCUGUGAUUUAAAUUAUGAUUUUGGAAUUCUUGAAAAGGGAGAUGAAACUAUUUUGGCCGAUAGAGGGAUGAAUUUAAGUAAGGGACAGCAAGCUAGGAUAAAUUUAGCGAGAGCGAUAUACAAAGAAAGCGAUAUAUAUCUUAUAGACGAUGCUCUAACGGCUUUAGAUACUCGAGUACAAGAAAAUAUAUUCAAAAAUUGCAUUCAAGGUUUGUUGAAAAAUAAAUGUGUGCUUCUAGUAACCCACAAUCCCAAGCAUAUUAAACAGGCAGAUAAGUUGAUAGUACUGAAAGAUGGGGAGAUAGAUUUUGCCGGUAGUCGAUAUGAAAAUUCUGAACAAAUAAUCGAAAAAAUAGAACAAGUCCAACUUGAAUUGAGAAAAGUUGAUGAGACUGAGGUAGAAAUUUCUGAAACAACUAAAUUACUCGAUGAUAAAUUUGAAAUACGUAGAAAGCAAGUAUACCACGAAGAGAAGAAAUCUGGUACAGUAGAUUUUAAACUGUACCGACAGUAUGUUAAAUUUGGAGGAUAUUUUCUAGGUGCCAUAAUUCUGGUAACUUUUAUAGUUGAAAUUUUUGUUGACAGUGCCUCUCAAAAAUUAUUAAGUACUUGGUUAAAUCAGAAAUCAAACUUAACUCAUAUGAAGAAUAAUUUUCCAAUUAAUUUGUACAUGCAAUAUUCAACGAAUGUUUCGAAUUUGACGAACAGUUAUAUCGAGCAGCACACAACAAAUAUUUCAUCAGAUUCCAUGAACCGUAUGAUAUUUGAAAUAAAUAGUUUAGAAAUUACUUCAUCCUAUACAUUAAAUUUAUAUACUGGCUCUAUGGUAAUUAUUGCUGUUAUGGAGUUACUGAAGCAGUAUUUUAUAUUGAAGAUGGGUAUAGAGGCUUCGAUUAAUCUUCAUAAGAAUAUGGUUGAUAAAGUAGUGAGAGCAACGAUGACGUUUUUCGAUACUUUUUUUAUUGGGAAUGUCCUUAAUAGAUUUGCACAGGAUUUGAGCGUUGUUGAUGAACAUUUACCACGAACAAUGGCUGUGUUCGUAGGCACUUUUCUCCAGUUGUUUAGUAUUGCUGGACUGAUUACAUCAGUCAAUUGGAAGCUUAUAAUUCCAGCUAUUGUGAUAGGUUUGGCAUCAAUACUAAUUCGUGUCGUAUACAUUAGAACAGCCAGAAGCUUGAAACGUCUCGAGGCUGCUACUAGAAGCCCAAUCGUAGGUCAUUUAAAUUCGACAAUGGAAGGAUUGACUACGAUAAGAGCAUGUAAAGCUCAAGAGAUAUUGAAAAACGAAUUCGAUAAGCAUCAAGAUCUAUAUACGAGUGCAUUCUAUACAUCGAUAUGUGUCAGAGGAGCAUUUUACUUCAUUAUGGAUUUAUUUUCACUAAUUUUCGUCACGUCUGUUAUUGUUAGGUUUCUAUUUGCUGAUACAGAUUCUUUAGCUGGAGAUGUAGGUUUAACUUUAACACAAGCUGGAAAUUUGACGAUGAUAAUAACUAGAGGUUUAAUGACAUGGUCCGAUCUAGAAAAUAGUAUGACUUCCGUUGAAAGAGCAAUGGAAUACACGAAAGUAGAAUCAGAAAACGAAUCAGGGCUACAGAUUACAAAUUGGCCCAGAAAAGGAGAAAUUGUUUACGAAAACGUUUCGUUGAAGUAUACGAAUUCUCACGAAACUAUUUUAAAGAGUAUUUCUUUUGUAGUUAAACCAGGGAAUAGAAUUGCAAUCGUUGGAAGAACUGGAGCCGGCAAGUCGUCUAUUAUAUCAACAUUAUACAGGUUAUAUCCGUGCGAGGGACGUAUAUUAAUCGAUGGAUUAGAUCUUAAGACAUUAUGUCUCAAGUUCUUGAGGCAACAUAUAUCUAUCAUUCCUCAAGAUCCAAUAAUGUUUUCGGGAACAAUAAGAAGCAACGUGGAUCCUUUGAAUGAAUACACAGAUGAAGAGAUUUGGAGAACGUUAUGUGAAGUGAAGCUUGAUGGCAUUAUUUUCUCUCUUGAAGCAAAUGUAGCUGAUGUUAAUUUGAGCACAGGACAAAGACAAUUGAUUUGUCUAGCUAGAGCAGUUAUUAGACAGAACAAGAUUCUUGUUCUGGAUGAAGCUACAGCCAACAUGGAUCCUGAAACUGAACGGAUAGUUGAGCAAAUUAUAAAUAAACAUUUUUCUGCUUGCACCUUAUUGAUUAUCGCUCAUAGAUUAGAUGCUAUACUGGACUGUGACAAAGUAUUGGUAUUAGAAAGAGGAAAUGUUGUUGAGUUUGCUGAGCCUAAAAGUUUACUAGAAAAUAAGCAUAGUAUGUUUGCUGAAAUGGUUAGAAACUCGAAAAUAAAUGUACUGAGCAAUUGAACAAUUUGUAUUGAUAAUUUUAAUAAAUCCUAUUGUCUUCUAAAAUUUAUUUUAUCCAGCUUGCAGCUCCAGAUUUUUGAGAGGCAGUUCCAAUGACAAACAUGUGGUACCGGUUUAAAACAUCUCUUGAAUAUUCUGAAUAGAAAUUGGUGAAUAGUCUACUGAUAGAGAGCUUGGAUUAUCUCCUUGUGUCGUUUUCAUAGGAAAGAUUGUAAUAUAAAGAAAAAUUGACAAAGUGGACA